AUGUGUCACGUCCGCAGCCCCCUCCCCGCGCCCGCCGCCGCCGCCGCCGCCGCCCUGGCGCCGCCGCCCAGCUCCCGGCCCCGCGGCCCGCAGAUCUUCACCUUCGACCACUUACCCGAGGAAGCGCCGUCGCCUCCUCGCCUCCCCUCCCGGGGGCUCCGGAAACGCAGCCGCAAGGUCCUCUACCCGCGAGUGGUCAAGCGCCACGUGCCGGUCGAGGACCCAAACCCGGCGAAGCGGCUCCUCUUCAUCCUCCUCACCGUCGUCUUCUGCCAGAUCCUCACGGCCGAGGAGGAGAUGCCGGUGUCCGCCGCCCCGGAGGUCCCUCCCUCGGCCCCCUCCCCCGGCGCUCCGCCCAGCCUGGAGCCUCUCAACCUCACCGUCGAUCCCCCGGACUACACGUUGGAUAUCAGCCAGUUCCUCCAGCAACACCCCGCUGCCUUUUGAGGACGGACCCCCCCCCCCCCCCCGCAAAGAAAAAAUAAGAUAACCCCCCGGGGAAACCGAGGGGUUCAGCGGAGUGACCACGGCGUCCGGGGAACUCUGAACCCGAAGGAAAAACUACAAUUCCGCGCAGUCAGGGGAGAUGAUAACUAGGGAGAGAGGCCGCGGGUCUCCCCCGGCUCCAUCCCAUCUCGGAAGAGGGUGGGAGGAGAGAGGGACUCUUUUUUUUAAUUUACUUCUCGUGAAGAAGUAUGGAUUGUCUUGAUCGUUAAUAUUUAUGUACAGUUAUUUAUGCCCCUGAGUGACAAGGGGGGCGCGGGAGUGGGUAUUUAGUAUUUAUUUAAUUUAUGAAGGCACGAUUAGGGUGUCUCCUUGCAUUGGCGAUUAUUGUUAUUAUUAAUAUUAUCACUGUUGUUGUAUUUGGUAGGCGCUUCAGCCACUGUACUAAGUGUCGGGGCAGAUCCAAUUUUAUUCCGAUCGGGUUCCCUGAUUAGGACGGGUGCUGUGUCCGACCUAAAUAGAAGGGACCGGUCUGUUUUCGGAGAUUCUGAGAGGUAGGAAGGUGGGGACUUCGGAAAACAUUAGAGUUUGGGGGGCGACAAUAUUGGGGAAGGGGCGAUGGCUCGGGCCCGUCCCCCUUUCCCUGCCCGGGCUCCGGCGGCGCUCACCGUGUGAGCUUCAGGGCCGCAGUGUGUCUUACCCCGCAGCCGCCCCCAGGGGGCGCCCGGGAGCGCCGUCUUCCCGCGCACGGCGGCGGCCGCCCGGGAGGAAGCGGCGCGCGCUCGCUCGCGCCCUCUCGCGGUGGGGAAGGGGAGCGCCCCCCCGCCGGCCCCCUCCUCCCACUGCGGUGUGGAUAUGUAUGUUCUGUGAACACCACGUCCCGAAAUAAAGGAAGCGGCUUGUGCUCGCUACCCUCUGACAGUC